GCGGAAAUGGAAAUCGGUGGCGGCCCCUGCCAGAUUAUCGCUGAAGCUGAAUUCUCAUGGCGCCAGCGUCAACACCACGCUAAAGUGGAAGUUUGACAGCAUGUCUCUUCGAGCACGACGGCUUUGUACGACCUGCUCCGGAGCACCGUUCAUUGGCGAGUAGUGCCCAAGCUUUUGGUUUUACCCGCUCACUGCUGAAAUGGCUCUGUCAUCGUGGGAGCAAGAACUUGGAAAAGUCGAAAAAGAAUUAAUAUCGACGGAGAAGGAGAUAGUUCGUCUUAACACGAUACGGGAAAGCCUCCUGAGGAGAAAGCACGAACUGUCUGUUAAGUUGAAACAGAAAUCGCUGGAUGAGAUUGCACGCACGGAUUGGAGCAAGUCCAAUUUCCCGUGGUCAAAUAGAGUUAAUGAAACGCUAGAAAAUGUGUUUCACAUGACGAGCUUCCGGUCCAUGCAACUUCCAGCCAUAAACGUUACCCUUUCUAAUAAAGACUGCAUUCUCAUAAUGCCAACCGGAGGCGGGAAGAGCCUUUGCUACCAACUGCCAGCGCUUAUUGCGAAAGGCGUCACUGUCGUCGUGUCGCCGUUGCUUUCACUCAUGGAGGACCAGGUAAUGGCACUGCAAACCAUGUCGUACCCAGUUGCUAUGUUGGCGGCCAACGUUUCUGUGAAAGACACUAAUCAGAUCCUGAAGGCUAUGGCUGAAGGAGAGGACAGCUUGAAGCUGCUGUACGUCACACCCGAAAAGAUGGCCAAAAGUAAGCGGUUUAUGUCCAUGCUGGAAAAAGCGUACCAGAGGAAGCAUUUUGCCAGGCUUGCCAUAGAUGAAGUGCACUGUUGCUCCCAGUGGGGCCAUGACUUCAGGCCAGACUACAAAUACUUGGCCAUCAUGAAACGCCAAUUUCCAGAAGUGCCAAUUCUGGGAGUCACGGCCACAGCUUCCGCAGCCAUUGUUGCCGAUGUCCAGAAGAUGCUUGACAUAGAGAGUGCUGUGGUACUGCGUGCACCGCUGGACAGGCCUAACCUUGUCUAUGAGGUACUGGCAAAGCCUACGGGUAAUGAUGAAGCUGUGAAAACAAUUGCCGGGCUUAUUCUCGGCCGAUUCAAAAAUCAGUGUGGCAUCGUGUACUGUUUCUCCAUCAAAGAGACUGAUGAAUUGGCUGAUGAGCUGAAAGGCUAUGGUAUUGCUGUGGACUCCUACCAUGCCAGUAUGGAACCGCAGAGACGCAGCAGUGUCCAUACUCGCUGGAUGCAUGGCAAAAUUUUGGUCAUUGUUGCAACCAUUGCUUUUGGCAUGGGAAUUGAUAAGUCAAAUGUGCGCUUUGUCAUUCACCACACACUGUCAAAAUCAGUUGAGAACUACUACCAAGAAAGUGGCCGUGCAGGAAGGGAUGAUCAACCAGCUACAUGUCUGAUACUUUUCCGGUUCGCUGACAUAUUUCGCCAGACGACGUCUGUCUUCACUGAGAAGUGUGGCCGAGAAAACGUCUACACGAUGGUGCGGUACUGUGUGGAAGUGCGCGAGUGUCGACGUGUCAUGUUCUUGCGACACUUCGGAGAGAAGCAGCAAGACAUACGCUGUCAUGAUGGCAUCUGUGACAACUGUAGAAUAAAAGGGUCAGUGAAAGAUAUUGAUAUCACUGUGCACUUGAAGAACAUCUACAAAAUACUUGCUGCAGCAAGUGAGGCGAAAGAACAGUUGACAGCAGCAAAGUUGAUUGACGCCUGGAUGGGCAAGGAUGCCAAGAAAUGGAAAGAACGAGGAGUUACAAAGACUGACCUUCCACGGGAACGGUGUGAGACAAUAGUUGCAUGGGCACUGCUGGAAGGCUACCUGGCUGAAAAGUUCCACAUCACCCCUUAUGCUUACAUAAGUUAUAUUCGCACAGGUGAGAAGAAAGCAGAAAUUGACAAAGGGGGAAAAGUUCAUUGCCCUUUCUUGACAGCAAGUGCAGCUCCACCAGAAGUCACGCUGCCAGCUUCGAUGAAGCGUCACAAGCAGAGUGAUGAUGCUCAAAGCAAACGACCAAGAAGUGAGACCUCAAAGCACCACAAGUCGUUCAGUGAUCCAACAUCCCAAGAUGUGGUUGUGAUUGACUAAAACAUUUUAAGUUUGUUAUUGCUCGUUUGAUGUACCUGUGUUUAAUAAGCAAAGUUCCUGU